UACUGCUUCACUGAGCAAAUUUAAGUUGCUUAAUCUCUUUUUUAAACCCUGUUGGCAUGGAGUUGAUAAUCGCAAAUAGAAAAUUCUCCUCCUUUACAAUUUCAGCAGUUAAAAUGAUGUGUUUGAUUCGCGCUCGACGGGUUUAAGAUAAAUUAAUCUCCGGUUUGCAGAUGUGUUAAGCUACAUACUCAUGAUGUUUAGGAUUUGUACGAGACGGGUUUUAAAAUAGCUUAAUCUCCGGUUUGCAGAUCUGUCAAGAUACACAUUGGUGCAUCCAUGUGGAUUUCAUUCACCAACUUGAAAUACGUUUGACCUGGCUUGGUGGAAAUCAGUUUGGUCAUGGAUUCACACAGGAGGACCUGGGACUGGGACAGCUCGCAGUGCAGAGCACAAAUGGAUCAGGUCUUUUUCCGUGAGCAGGACUACAUCCAGGCCGGCAGCCCCGAUCACAAAGAGUUCUGGGCUUUCUUCGACCGCUUCCAGAGGUUUAAGACAAAGAAAGACAUGUCUGGGGUUGCUAAAGAGGACAGAGGAGAUGGGACAGACAGGAAGAAAGCCAAGGUAGAUCUGGGUCUUCCCAAAGAAUACGAUGCUCGCUACAGGAUCAACGUGUCUGUGUGCAGCAGGGACAUCGAGGAGCGCCUGGGGAAGUCAGAGCACAGAGGCAGGCAGAGGUCCUCUGGACCGGGUCCUCAGGAGAUCUCGGACUGCCGUCUGGCCCUCCUGCAUUUCCUGGACUUCACUCAGCGGCAGAGUUUUGGCAAACUGGCCAAGCUCCGCCGGGAGCAGAAGAACCUGCCCAUCUUCCAGUACCGGGACCGGAUCGUGGAGCUGGUACGGACUCACCCUGUGGUUGUGGUGGCCGGAGACACAGGCUGUGGGAAAUCCACCCAGGUGCCGCAGUAUCUUCUUUCGGCUGGCUUCAGCUACAUCUCCUGCACUCAGCCGCGGAGGAUCGCCUGUAUAUCCCUCGCAAAGAGGGUCAGCUUUGAGAGCCUGAACCAGUAUGGCUCAAAGGUGGGCUACCAGAUCCGCUUUGAGACCUCCCGGACCACAUCCACCAAGCUGCUGUUCCUGACAGAGGGCCUGCUGCUCCGACAGAUCCAGCAGGACAAGACGCUAUCCCAGUACCAAGUGGUGAUCGUGGACGAGGUCCAUGAGAGACACCUCCACUGUGACUUCCUGCUCGGGGUCCUGCGCUCUCUGCUGGCUGAACGUCAAGACCUGCGUCUCAUCCUCAUGUCGGCCACGAUCAACAUCAAACUCUUUUCUGACUACUUUGGCAGUGCGCCGGUGCUGCAGGUGCCUGGAAGGCUGUUUCCCAUUCAGGUGGUAUAUCAGCCCAUUCCACCUGACGAACAGCCCUCCCGCUCUGAGAAACUAGAUCCUCGACCCUACCUGCGCAUCCUGCAGGGGAUCGACCAGCGUUACCCCCCUGAGGAGCGUGGAGACCUGCUCCUCUUUCUCAGUGGCAUGACGGAGAUCUCCACCAUCCAGGAGGCCUGUCAGGUUUAUGCCACUCACACACGCCGCUGGAUAGUCCUCCCUCUGCACAGCACACUGUCAAUCGCCCAGCAGGAUAAGGUGUUCGACAUCGCUCCUCCUGGAGUCAGAAAGUGCAUCAUCUCCACCAACAUUGCUGAGACCUCGGUUACAAUAGAUGGGGUGCGCUUUGUUGUGGACUCAGGUAAGGUGAAGGAAAUGAGUUUCGAUCCCAAAGCCAAGAUGCAACGCCUGCAGGAGUUUUGGAUCAGCAGAGCCAGCUCUGAGCAGAGGAAAGGUCGUGCCGGUCGUACGGGUCCAGGAGUGUGUUACCGCCUCUAUGCUGAGUCAGACUACGACGCCUUCGCACCGUAUCCUGUGCCGGAAAUCCACAGAGUGGCUCUGGACUCCCUCAUUCUGCAGAUGAAGAGCAUGUGUCUUGGAGAUCCGCUUUCCUUCAUCUUCAUAGAUCCUCCUCCUGCCUCCAGUAUCCAGACUGCAGUUACUUAUCUGAAGGAGCAGGGGGCGCUGGACAGUCGGGGUGAACUCACCUCCAUUGGCAGUUUGCUUGCACAGUUGCCCGUUGAUGUGGUCAUAGGGAAGAUGCUGGUGCUGGGUUCCCUGUUCCACCUGGUCGAGCCCGUGUUGACCGUAGCGGCGGCGCUCAGUGUUCAGUCGCCUUUCCUGCGCAGUACGCAACACAAUCCAGACUGCACCACCGCCCGCCAGCCCCUGCACAGCAACCAGGGAGACCCCUUUACACUACUCAACACCUUCAACGCCUGGGUGGAGGUGAAGGGAGAGAGAGGAGGCGGAUCGAGGAAGUGGUGCAGGAGGAGAGGCCUGGAGGAGCAGCGCCUGUAUGAGAUGGUCAACCUGCGCAGACAGUUCAAGGACCUGCUGAGGAGCCACAGCCUCCUGGAGUCAGAGGGUGGCAGCAGCGCUCCCUCUGCUGGAGACCGGGGACAGCGCCGAGAGAGGCUGACCGAGAGGAGGAGGCUGCAUCAGAUGAAGAGAGACCACGAGCUGCAGGAGGGCGGCAAACGGAAAGUCCUGAGGCUGGAGGAGGGGGGAGACGGAGGGCUGUCCUCCGGGUCGGACACGGAGGACAAGAGUCGAGGCAGGAAGGACAAGGACCGGCAGAACAUGGACAUCCAGGAAGUGAAGUUCAAGCUGCGCCACAACGUGUCCCAGCUGCAGGAGGCGGUCACCGUCAGCCAGGACCUGUCCUCCCGCCAGCAGGCUCUGCUCAAGCUGCUGCUGUGUCGAGGACUCUACCCUCAGCUGGCUCUGCCCGACGAGCACAACUCCACUCGCAAAGACUCGGAGCAGGUGUUUCACACAAAGAAUAAGCAGGGCGUCGUGAUCCACCCGACCAGCGUCUUCGCCAGCGACCCAGAGGUUCUGCACGUGCCGGAGGACGAUGGAGGAGAAAUGGGGUCGGACAAGCGGGACAGCAGCAGACACCAGCUGCUGGCCUUCGUUACUCUGCUGGAGACCAACAAGCCAUAUCUGUCCAACUGUGUGCGCGUCCCGGCUCUGCAAGCUCUGCUGCUGGUGGCGAACUCCAUGGACACCAACGCUGACUGCACCCGGCUGGUGGUGGACGGCUGGCUGGAGCUGGAGCUCAGGGACCCCAGCGAGGCCCUCAGGGUGCUGUCCACCGCCCUCAAACUCAGGGCCGAGUGGGAGCGCCUCCUGCUGGCCCAGCUGGGACAGAGCGGCGCUGCAGAACCCGCAGCGGCAGAGCAGGCGGUGUCCCGCCGAGCCACGGAGAAGCUGAGCGAGGGCCUGGUCCGCUUCCUGCUCUACACUGAGGUGAGCUACAGCCUGCGGAGGCUCACUGCUCUCCAGACCCAGAACCUUUAUGUUGGACCUCAGGCUGAGUCUGAGUCGUCUUCCUCCGAAACUCCGGACCUGAGCGUGCUGUUUCCAGGAGCCCAGGCCAAACCGGACCCCAUCAAGGGAGGCCUGCGCGUCACCAGCUUCUUCACCUACAACUGUCUGAUGGACUCGAAGGACCUCUACAGCGAGUGCUUACGAACUUUCUGGAGCUGUCCUAACUGCGACCUCUACAUGCCUCUGACCCCUCUGGAGCGCAUGCACCACGAAGCCUCCUGCAGGCCGGCCGGAGAGCAGCAGGAGUCCCAGGACGGGGCUGAAAGUGAGAAGGCGUCCUCCUCCUCCUCCUCCUCCAUGUCGAGUCUCACCAGAGUUUAUCACUGCGACGUCUGUAAUGAGGACCUGAAGCUCACCUCCACCGAGAUCCUCAAACAUAAAAGGCAGCACAUGUAUACGGCCAAGUAACUCCUGCCGCUCACGUCUGUUCUGUCCAGGAAACAUUUAUAAAGUUUUUUGUUUUUUUUUAAUGAAACACUCAUGUCUCGCCUCUUUCUUCA